AUGUCUCUCAAGGUCGUCGUCCUCGCCUGCGUGGCUGUCGUCGCUCUGUGCGACAAGGUCCCAUUCCUCAUCCCCCACCCCCCAGUCUACAUCCCUAGACCUGCCUACAACACCCCUGCACCUUACCACGCCCCCGAACCCUCCUACCACACCCCCGAGCCUGCCUACCACGCACCUGAGCCUGCCUAUCACGAGCCAGAAUACCCUGAUGUGCCCCCGAAGUACAACUACAACUACGCUGUCGCCGAUGGCUACUCCGGAGCCAACUUCGCCGCCUCGGAGUCCCGCGACGGCUACAAGACCGAGGGCGGCUACUCCGUGGACCUCCCCGACGGCCGCAAAUAUAGCAUCAAUCCACCAAAACCUUUUGCGAAUUUUACAACCUCGGCGUAUAAACCGAACUCAUGGUCCGUCACCCUGAUUGAUAGUCCUAAGGCUACUCCUGAAACUUUCUCUGGCCCUCGCACCAUAAAUGUUGCCGACACCUGA